UCGUACAUGUCAAACUCACUAUUGACAUUCUUAACUUUCUGAGAAAAAGAAGAAGAAGAUGAGAAUGACUGAAGAGUACAGUACUUGUACUUCUCCAUUAAUGUCGGAGUCCGAUGUUGCUCUUUUGCAGUCCGUUAGCCAGUACCUUCUGGGCGAUGAUUUUGAAUUUCCGACAGCUUUAACGGUCGGUUUUGACGAACUGCCGCUAAAUGUUCACGCCGUUAACAUUGGACGGACUCCCAUGAACCAAGCGGAAGCGGUAACUGAACCGAAACAAGCACGUGUUCCAGAAGCGCGGAGGAAGGGGUGUGGUUUCAAGGGAGUGAGGAGGAGGCCGUGGGGGAAGUAUGCGGCGGAGAUCAGGGACCCGAAAAAGAACGGCGCUAGAAUUUGGCUUGGGACUUACGAGACUCCCGAGGAUGCCGCCGUGGCUUAUGACCGAGCUGCUUUUAAGAUGCGUGGCUCGAAGGCUAAACUCAACUUUCCUCAUUUAGCUGGCUCGAAUGAGUAUGAGCCGGUUAGAGUGACUAAUAAGUACCGAUCACCAGAGCAUUCUUCUUCGUCCUCUUCUUCAUCCACGUGGACUUCUUCAUUUUCCGAUUCUCCAAAGUCGAAGCGGGGAAUGGGAGAGGUCGGCUCGGCGAGUCAAGCAGAUCUAGAAAAUGAGAUUUGUUUUGAGAUGCUUGAUGAAUUGUGGUUUUAAUAAUUUUACAAAAAAACAAAUGUAGAUUAAUUUAUGAUAUUUGCAAUUGAGGUUUUUCAUUCAUAUGGGUUUUAAAUGUUCAAAUUUCUUUACAUCA